AUGAAAGGUACAAAAAAGAAUGAUCAAGAAAACCGUACAUCAAAGGAUAAUCAUGCGUUCGACUUUGAAGCAUGGAAAGAAACUGAAUUGGAGAGAAUUAAAAAGAUUCACGCGGAUGAAAAUCAAGUAAUCCUUGAAAAAAUAGAUAAAGAAUGGAAAACUUCACUAUCUCAAGCUAACAAAUCAUGGAAUUCUCAUGAAGAUCGCCUUUUAAAGGAUCUUAUUUCAGCUGGUAAACUUGCUGAUGAAUUUAAUUCAGAGUCUCAAAAAAACAGACAGCUGAAGGAUGAAAUCACUCAACUGGAGAAAGAAUUAGCUAAUUUGAGAAAACCAAGAGAGGAUACUGAAAGAGAAGAAAGAAUUUCUAGAAUCAGUUCAUUGAGGUACGAAAUUAAUCAACUAGAUGGAAAACUAAGAGAAAUAGAGGAAGAUCUUCAAAAUACAACACGAGAAAAAAAUAAAUACAAAAAAUUGUGUCAGCAGGCAUUUGAAACUCUAAAGCAAAAGGUAGCCAAGAUCUAG